UGACUCGGUUAUAUGUCACAGAAUAACAUUCGAGAAUGGGACAUGGAAUGAGGAGACGACCACAGCAGCUCCACCAGCCCCAGCAGCCCCCAGUCCCCGACUUGGCAGCAGGCGCCCAAGCAGCAACCCCCGCCGCCCGGAGAGGCUCUGCAGCAAUAGCAAUGAAGCCCACUGUCCCGAGGCACGGCCCGUAAGCCCGGAGCCCGGCCGCCUCCGCGGAGCUCUUGCCGCCGCUACCCCUUGGCGCGUCCUGCCGCAGCGAGAGGCAUGGAAAAGGCCACCCCCGCGGGGCGCUGAUCCCCGCGCCGCGCCCGCGCGCGCACACGCCCCCCGCUGCUGCCGCUGCCGCGCGCCCCCCGCACCUCGCCCCCCGCCCUCUUCCCACCAUGACCGGCUCUGCUGCCGACACUCUCCGCUGCCCCCACCCCAAAGGCGCCAAAGGCACCCGGUCCCGGAGCAGCCACGCACGGCCAGUGAGCCUCGCCACCAGCGGGGGCUCGGAGGAGGAGGACAAAGACGGUGGGGUGCUGUUUCACGUUAACAAGAGCGGCUUCCCCAUCGACAGCCACACCUGGGAGCGCAUGUGGAUGCACGUGGCCAAGGUGCACCCCAAGGGAGGAGAAAUGGUGGGCGCUAUCAGGAACGCCGCCUUCUUGGCAAAGCCUUCAAUACCCCAGGUCCCAAACUACAGGCUGUCGAUGACGAUUCCAGACUGGCUUCAGGCAAUCCAGAAUUACAUGAAGACACUACAAUACAAUCAUACGGGGACCCAGUUCUUUGAAAUUAGGAAAAUGAGACCACUGAGUGGGUUAAUGGAAACAGCGAAGGAAAUGACCCGAGAGUCCUUACCUAUCAAAUGCCUUGAAGCUGUCAUCCUGGGCAUAUACUUAACCAAUGGACAGCCUUCCAUCGAGCGAUUCCCCAUCAGCUUUAAAACCUAUUUCUCAGGAAACUACUUUCACCAUGUUGUGCUGGGGAUUUACUGCAAUGGCCGCUAUGGCUCACUGGGCAUGAGCAGAAGAGCUGAGCUGAUGGACAAGCCAUUGACCUUUCGGACUCUGAGUGACCUUAUCUUUGACUUUGAAGACUCUUACAAGAAAUACCUGCACACAGUCAAGAAGGUCAAGAUUGGGCUGUAUGUCCCCCAUGAGCCUCAUAGCUUCCAACCCAUUGAGUGGAAGCAGCUGGUCCUCAAUGUCUCGAAGAUGUUGAGGGCUGACAUAAGGAAGGAGCUGGAGAAAUAUGCCAGGGACAUGAGAAUGAAGAUCUUGAAACCUGCAAGUGCCCGCUCUCCAACCCAAGUGAGAAGCCGGGGAAAAUCCCUGUCCCCUCGAAGGAGACAAGCAAGUCCCCCAAGAAGGCUCGGCAGGCGAGACAAGUCGCCUGCUCUUCCUGAAAAGAAGGUGACUGAUCUCAGCACUCUGAAUGAAGUGGGCUAUCAAAUCCGAAUCUAGCCAAGCCAUAUCGGCCAGCAAGAGGGUUUCUGUGGUGCUUCUCUCUGCACUUUACCCAGCAUCUUCAGGAGGAACUGCAACUAUUUAUUAAGAACUUGUGAAUUUUAUUUUUAAGGAUUCACCUGGAAACAGAAUCUGAGUGGGUGGGAAUAAUUAGCUUUAAAAAACUCUGACCAUGAAAAGGCUAAAGUAAUAAACCCCACUGGGGUUGGACUGUCUCCCUCACUCAAGAUCUCAAGGAUAACAAACAUCCACUGUAGUUUUUAUAUUUUUUCAUUUACUGACUUUCUUUUACUUGCUUUGAACAUUAUGCCUCACCAGUAGUUCAUGAAAUCCUUUCCCACUUUUGGUAUAGUAAGGUAACUCAACCAGUAUUAGUCUUUUCAGCAAUAACAGAAGCAAAGAAGGGUGGGGUUUUUUUAAGCAGUUAAUAUUACCUCAGCCUUUUGACAUCAGAUAUGCAAAUUUAAUGGUAUUUUGGUUUUUUAUAUUCUAUUUGUAUUGUUUCCCCAAUAUUCCCCAUGGGGAUCUCCACAAGUUUGGAGUUUUUUCCUGGUGCACACCUGUGAUGAGAUUAAGGUAUUAUAUGCAAGUGUUUUACUAAAAAGCACUGAAAUUCUCCGCAAUACGGGAAACCAUUUUUAGGAUCUUGGGAGUUACUUCUUUCUUAAAACAUUCGCUGACAGCAUUUUUUGUUCUUUCAAAACAAAACAAGCACAUUCAGAAGUUAGUCUAUGUUCUGUCACUAACAUUUAAACUUUGCAGAGUCUGGCAGAAAAGCACAUGAGGUCAUGCACUUCUUACACAAAUUUAGCAGUAUUGAGAUUACCUCCAACAGCAACACACUCAGAAAGGCAGAGACAAGAAUGAAUCAGGGUUCUUGAGAACCUGAUAACCUUUUUGCUCACAUUUCAUCUGAUUUUUAAACUGAGUUAGGCUUUGAUUCUGAAGAACUUACUGUUGUUAAAAAUAUGUCUUGAUGUCUUAUAUUAAGGCCAAAUGUGAAACAAUAUGAUUAUUUUUCCAGUUCCUUGCUUUUGAGAUACCUCUUCAUGACAUUUUGGAAGUACUGGAAAAUCUAGGAAUUAGCAGAACUUUUUUUUUUUAGAAUGGUGAAGUCUGGUACAUGUUACACAUGACAGUGAUUUACUCCAUGGGGCACAGAAUGUGUAUCUGGCUGCAUAUGGCAGUUAUGGCGUAACUUCUGACUGCAGACCACAGAGUAGCUCUGAGGGCAGAUGUGUAUGUAGUCUGCGUUACACAUAGCAAGAGCAGAACUUCUAUUUCAUUUGUUUUAUCUUAGCAACCAUGCUACUCAUAAGACCAAAGGACAUAUUUAAGUUGUCUGGUUAAGCUUGUCGACAAAAGUGUUCGUUCAGUCUUCACUGUUUCUCCUUUUUGGCUUUCUUUGACUAAAGAUGGUUGAACGGGAGUCAAAAAGAAUCUGCUCAGUGACAAUAUAUACCAAUAAAUCCUCUGGUCAUGAAAGCACAAGGGUUUCAUCCUUCAGCUAUGUGCACUAGAGCUCAUUUUACCCUAAAAAUCAGUGUUAUUAAUCAGAGUACUGUUCUCCUGGGAAAGGAAGUCUAAUGUCCUUUCAUGACCAAGUUAAGUAUACAUCUCACCUAGACCAAAUGCAGUACGAGUUAAAAAUUCUGAAAUUAACAGUUUCAAGAAUAGUAUUUUGGGGCUGGGGAUAUAGCUCAGUGGUGGAACACAUUGAGCAUGUACAAGGUCCUUCCUGGAUUCAAUCCCAAGCACCAAGGCACCAAGAAAUGAUGCCUUUUAUCUUUUCACAGUAAACCCAUUGGCAGUCUCAUGGCCACAUGUGUUCUAAUGUUCCAAGUAGCCAGUGAAUCAUUUUAUUCUCUCUGAAACAAUACCAACUUAUCCACAUAUUGUCUGUUAUCCAUCUGAAACUUUAUUAUGUCCAAUAAGCAGACUAUUCAAAAACUGCUUCAAGAGCUUAGAAUAGCAUUUGCCAAGUAUUACUUAAGGACUAUCCCAUCCCAAAUACAAAUGUCAAAUAGUUGCAGAGCCUCGUUUCUCACAAGAAAAGGUAAAAGAACAGGGAUAUAAAACUGUUCCCAAUACUGAUAUAUAAGCCUUAAAAUUGCCAGCUGGCCUGAUGAUUCAAUUAGCAACUAAUUUCUUCCACAUUCUGUGAUUUUUAGAUUCAUUUUUCCAAAGUGAGGGUUAGUCACAACAGAUGUAAAUUGAUUUAAAGUGUUCAUAGUUGUCAUUUUACUUCUGUUGCCUACAGCAUAUGUUAAUGAAAGAUAUAGGAGUCACCAAAUCCUAAAUUCUAAUGUACUAAUUAAAAAAGUAAUAUGGCAAAAAAAAAAAAAAAA